AUGAUGCUCUCUGCACGGACCACCCCAGACCCUCCUGACUCCAGUGUCAGCACUGGCAGCCCAGCUGGCGCCAGCAGCAGCAACAGCACAUCUGAGGCCCUUACCUCGACUGGCAGAUCUUCAUACGCGCUUCGACUUCGACCGCGCCCCAAUCCAUCACCUGUGAAGGCUACGCCCAGUAAGUCUCGAAAGCGAGCCGGCUUCAACAACGAUCGAGGCUCUCCUACCCCCUCCAAGACCACAGACUCUUAUCGCGUCCGGGACACCCUCCGCGACGGCAAGAUGUCGACUCAGACGGGCAAAUUUCGCGAGGACCAGGUCCUCGUCAUCUGCCCCGGCAGCCAGACGACGAUGGCCCAGCUGGGUUGCGGCGAGUUGACCCCGCCCGUCCACCGCAUUCCGACGCGCAUGUUCAAGGACGAGGAGACGGACGAGUGGCGCCCCUAUCACACCUUCAAACGCAAGAAGGCCGGUGUCAAUGGCGCGCUCGCUAUCGAUGGCCCGCGGACCGAAGAGGACGAGUACGAGUGGGUUGAAGAUACAGACUCGACCGAGGGCGCUGUCUACCCUCUUCAAGGCGGCCGCAUUGUCAACAUGGAAGCGUUCCUAGCCUUCAUCGACCAUGUCCACAGCAUGCUUACCACUACUUACCACAACACGCCCAUCAUGCUUAUGGCAUCGCCUCAAUGGUGCCGCCCCGAUACAGAGACGGUCGCACGCUACAUCUUCGAGAAGACGCGCACUCCUGCCCUUUGCAUGAUUCACAGCGGCAUUGCUACUCAGUAUGGCAUCAAGUGGCCCAACGUAACGGUAGUUGAUAUUGGCUACGAGAAGGUUGAUGUAACGUGCAUACACGAAGGCCGCGUGGUUAACCACGGAGAACUGGGCUCUCCGACCCCCGAGCGCUUCAUCUCCGGUGGAGAAGUCUUCACACGCAAGCUUCUAGAGAAGCUCAGCAACAAGGAGUUCACCUAUGACAUGGCGGAGCAGCUGAAGAAGAGCCACAUCUGCGAGGUGCUCCCAUAUGCGCCCAACACCACGGAUCUGAUGGAGCUGCCGACGACAUCAACGGUCGGUGCCGCCCCUAGCGGACCCGCUCCUGAAGCGCCCCUACCGGCCGAGCCUACAGCGCGCCCCCCUGCGGACGAUGAGCCUGAGGAGCCCAAGGGUGACGAUGGUGUUCUCGACGUAGCCAGUAUCGUCACUGCAGGAAACGCGCGCGAUUUCCUGGCCAAGAAGGAGAAGGAGAAGGCUGAGAAGGGCAAAGGCGGUAGAAAGGGUAAGGCCGUUCAGGAGGCUGAGGCCGCCAAGCCGGUUCGGUUACCCAACUCAAAGCGUACACACAACACCUUCCACUUCGAGGAGGUUAUCCAGGAGGAGGUGCAGCCGCCUAAGAAAGAUGAGUCCAAGCCAGAGCCGAAGGAGGAGCCCAAGAAGGAGGAGUCGGCCAACCCCACCGAGUCCAAGGACGUAGAGAUGACGGACGACUCUAAGCCAGCUGAUGCGCCAGCCCCUGCUGCAGAGGGAGAAGUAAAGCCUACAGAGUCCGCGGCGCCCGAGGCAGCAACUGAUGCUGCUGCCCCUGCUGCUGCCCCUGCCCCGGAAACGAACGGUUCUACGGACCAGCCUGCGGCUCCAGCUGAGGCUCCCGCUGAGGCUCCUGCCGCCACUGACGGCACGCCGCCACCUCCUGAGAGACAGGCCAAGCGCAUCCGCCGGGACAUCGAAGUUGGCCUUGAGCGCUUCACCUUUGCUGACCGCGGCGAAAUCGACCGUAUCGUCACGACCAUCUACCGCACCGUCCAGGGCAUCGAGGACAUGUACAUGCGCCCCGCCUGCUGGGAGAACAUUGUUUUCGUCGGCAACGGUUCGCGCCUGCGCGGCCUCAAAGACAACAUCAUCCAGACGCUGACGGCUCGCCACCUUAUUUCGCCCAGCACGGCCACCAUGUUCACCUCGGAGCUUCCUUCCAACAUUGCCACGCCGACGGGAACCGGCGCGCAGACCCCUACCGGCUCCUUCACAGGCGCCCCGCACCAGCUCCCGGCCAACACAGCAGGCUCGGGCGUUAACCCCCUUCUCCAGGCCGCCACGACGGCGUCGGCCCAGCAUCAGGGCACCCCUGGGCCUGGCGGCGAUCCCAACGGCGUGCAGGGCGCGUCCCACCACUUCCACAGCCAGACCCCCACGAGCAUCAGGCUGGCUGCGCUGCCCACCUACCUCAGCGAGUGGAACAAGAAUGGUUUCGAAGAGGCCAUGUUUCUGGGCGCCCAAGUUGCCGCCCGCAUCGCCUUCUGCCAGCAUAACCUCGACAUGGCUGGUCUCGAAGCCCAGCGCCUGGCCAGCCUGAGCAGAGUUGACUACAACGAAUAUGGUCCCAAGGGCAUCCGGACUCACUCCAUGCUCAAGUAA